GUAAAGUGGAAGAAAAAGUGAGAUUCAGAUAUUUCUGUUUCAGGUCUAUUUAUAUUGGUACUUCGUUGACAUACGCAUCGUCAUAGUCUCAUAUACCUUGUCUGUUCGUAAUUCAUGUUAACAAAUUUUUGGAUUAAAAUUUAUCAUUUUCAAGUACCUAAUCACCUAAAACACUUACCAUGAAAUCAUUUGUAUUCGCUGCUGUGCUCAGUUCAGCCCUGGUACUUGUGAUGGGACUUACGGAGCAGGAAGAAAUUCAUCAAAAAGUACAACAGAAAGAAGAAGAUGUUGCCAAAUAUUGUAAUACUCUUUUCCCAGUCAGUGAAGAUAUACGUGGAAAAGUAUCCAGAAUGGUCGUUAGAGGAGACCCCAUUCCAGAGGAUGUCCAUUCAAAAGAAUGGUGUAAUCUGAACUGUAAUCUGGAGAAACUUGGAUUCUUUGAUGCCAAAGGUACGCUGCAAGUUCGCAAAAUUUACAAUUUCUUGUUGGAAAAACUUCCUGAAUUCAGACCUAACCGGCAAUUCCUUUUGCUUGAAUUAUUCCAAGCUUACCGAAUGACCGAAGGUAUGAAGGAGAAAUGUCAAAAGGCUUUAGCAGUUUAUUAUCUAUUUUCUGAAGCAGUAAUGAUUUGUACUUUGGAUGCUGAUUUCCACGCAGAUUCCAACGCCAUAGAUACGGUUCUGAACGACGUUUUGUCUGGCAAAGGCACACCGAAAGAAUUAGAGAUGUCUCUGCAAAGAGCAUUAACAAAUACCGAGUUAUUCUUCGAUCUUGCAAUUUUAAAAUAAGAAAUUUCAAUGCUGCGCUCAUCGAAAACAUUCGUUAAAUCUUUUCGCGUGAUCGAAUCGUAUACUUAUCCACUGUUUUCUGUACUGCACUCAACAUUUAAACUUGAUUUAAGGAAUUGUGUUAUGUGUAUAAGUACGUACCUCGUACCUAAUAUGUAAUUCAAUAUUAAUCGAAGAGAAAAAUUCAAAUUAAACAAUGGUUCUAGGUUUA